CUCUUUCAAAACUAUGGUAUUGUUACAACGUAUGAGAAAAGGACCGCACAUCCGUGCAGCCUCUCCGCCGACGGGCGUCUAACCAAACCACCCAGUGCUGCCUCUCUUCUUCAUUUUUUUGGUCCUCCCCUUCCCUCUCUUUCUCUUCAUAAAGCCCUUUCCUACUCUUCUCCCCCAAGAAAAGGCUACUAUGACAACUCGAACCCUCUCCGCCCUCCCGAUUUCGACCUCUACGUAUCCCUUUCUGUCCAAGAGCACCACCAGGAACCCCAUUCUCCCCUCCCUUUCUACUCUCUCGCUUCCCUCCAACCGCCGCAAGCCCAACCUCCUCGCGAGCUCUCUCCUUGGAGACCCUACCCGUCUCUCUUCCCUCCGCGCUCCCACCAUGCCUCUCUACCCCCGGCCUACCCUUCGCUCCGCCGCCGUCUUCUCCACUCUUCCCACCGCGAAACCGGAGAGAGCUUCGACCGGGAAAAUCCCCAAGUGGUCGGCAAGGGCGAUAAAGGCCUUCAGCAUGGCGGAACUGGAGGCAAGGAAGCUCAAAUACCCCAACACCGGGACGGAGGCUCUCCUCAUGGGUAUCCUUGUCGAGGGAACCAGUAAAGCAGCACAGUUUCUACGUGCCGAUGAAAUUACCCUUUUCAAAGUACGUGAGGAAACUGUCAAGUUGCUUGGAAAAUCUGACUUGUACUUUUUCAGUCCUGAGCAUCCACCAUUGACUGAACCAGCCCAAAGGGCGCUUGACUGGGCUGUUGAUGAGAAACUGAAAUCAGGUGAUGAUGGAGAGAUAACGACGACACAUAUGCUUCUAGGUAUAUGGUCAGAGAAAGAUUCAGCCGGUCACAAGAUAUUGGCUUCCCUAGGUUUUGAUGAUGAUAAAGCUAAUGAGCUGGCCAAGUCUGCCAAUGAGGAGGCAGUCAUGAACUAUAGAUAGAUAUGAAGGAAAUUUCCAUCGUGGCAUAUGCUUUUCAAAUUGGAUGCUCAAAGGAUCUCCCAUUCAGCCACUUUUCUGGAAAAUUUCAUUGUCAAUCUGCUUACAAGGUGCAUCAUGGAUUUAGCUACCCAUACAGUGGUCAGGUGUGUUCAAUGAACCUCCAUGCUCCCAGGACUGGAAUUUUGUUUCUCAAUCCAACUUAAGUAGGGCAUCUGCAAAGUGUAUGAUUGAUUCUGCAUCUGGUCACCAGUACUGCUGUUGCCAGCCUUUUACAUUUUGCCCUUGCAUUGUUGAAUACCAUGAUUUGUAAAUCAAAAUCCAGUAGCAUCUGGUCGUUGUUUGCUUCAAUCUUCAAUACUCAUGACAGUAGCAUCUGGUUGUGGUUGUGGUCUCGCAUGAAAUUGUCAUGAAUCUGAAUUGCUGCAUUGAGGCGCCAACCUUAAUGGCCUUAAAAUAAUGAUUUUUGGUUGUUCCAGUCUUGUUUUGGAUGGCAAA